CAUGAACCUCUUUCCUCCUGCAGACCCCUUUGCUGAUGCAACGAAGGGUGACGACUUACUCCCGGCGGGGACUGAAGAUUACAUUCAUAUAAGGAUCCAGCAACGAAACGGAAGAAAGACACUAACAACUGUUCAGGGAAUUGCAGAUGAUUAUGACAAGAAGAAACUUGUGAAAGCUUUCAAAAAGAAAUUUGCUUGUAAUGGUACUGUGAUUGAACAUCCUGAAUACGGUGAAGUUAUCCAGCUUCAAGGUGACCAGAGGAAGAACAUUUGCCAAUUCCUCUUGGAGAUUGGCAUUGUCAAGGAAGAACAACUGAAAGUUCAUGGUUUCUAAAACACCUGUACUCUCAUGAAGAACCCUGCAGUAUUUGGUCUCACCUAGCCUGACUCUUCUGUGAAAAAUGAAUCUUUGCAGUGAAUGGACUUCCCUGUUACCUGAACAUUUAAAAUUUGAUUCAGAUUUGCAUGACUGCGUGAAACAUGUGGUGUGUAGACUAGAAACACAUAAGAAAACUUCAGUAAGGUGGUAAUGAAGACACUUGUGAACUUCAACGCAUUUCCAAUGGAAAUGUUUUAGCAAUGAUUGUUCAGUUAACUACUCUCCACCUGACUUAAAUGUGUGGGUUGUAUUAAAAUAGUGUGUGUUGUUGCUUAGAAAUAAAAGUUUAUUCAUGCAUUUUUCUGGGAUAUCUGAAAUGCUUUAGCUUAAGUUUUAAACUAGCACAGCAACCUUUAGCCUUCUUUAGAAUGGCUAAAAUGUUUUGUGGCAAGUGUAGCUCACUGCUCAUUGAAUAAAUUUGAAAAUCUACAUGAUGAAGUAUUGGCUAAUUAAUCGCUAGAUUAGCUUGAUGUGAUCUUAUCCUGUAGCUGUAAGACUAGAGCUUUAAAGUCUUUUGUGUAGGUGUAUCUUAGUAGCAGCAUGAUAAGAUAUAAAUUGUUUGCUGAGGAAAUAACUGGAUCUUCUCUAA